GCCGCAUUAUUUCUUUAUUCUCUCUUCUCUCGUUCGUUCUCACACUACUGGUUAUUUUCUCAGCAACCAUUUGACUGACAGUCUUCGCACGUGCGAGUGGAAUUAUUCAUUCCUGCUGCACGUGUCUGUGUUCUUAUUGGCCGGCGCAUUUUAAAUGCAUUUAUAUUGGAGUGCGUCUGAUUGGCCGAGUGAAUUUGUGACAUGAUUCAAAUAAUAAAAUAAAAUAAUACUCGUGAAUUGCUCGUGAAGUGCGGGAGAGUCGACUAGCGUGACACAACAAGAUGGCGGCCAUGUGAACUGAAAUCGGAAUUGUAUCCCUGCUUUUAAUUUUUCAUUUCCCAUAUUUAUUGAUGAGCUGCUCCAUCUCAAGUCCUCAAGUCCUUCUUAUACCUGAUGCUGAUGCUGUGUUGAUGCGCUACUACCGCAACUACUCCGCGCGAGCUUAGGCCAAGGCAAGCUAACUCAACCCAACCUCCUCAACUCUCUCCCUUCGCAAUCUCGCGCCCCUCAAGCUUCAAGCAGCAAUCAGCGCCAAAUUGCGCCAACACGGGCCCAACUCCAAGAGCAUAGCAAGCAGUUGUCGACAAUCCAAUCGCUUAGCGCUAAUCGCUUUUCCCAUCUCUCGUCAUAUUCUCGCUCUUCCCAUGUUAUUAUCUGCUGACACUUUCGAGCGAAACGGAAACCUCUUCCAUCCUCAUUAUUAUUGUUAUAAUAAUACAGCAAACCCUAUUUAAUUUAAGAUUAAAAAUGCCAAAUACAAUCCUUUCUUUUAUGGUUCAAUUUAUUACCAUUACCUGAACUGAAAAAAAAAAACUAUUACCAAUUUAAGUUACUCUUGAAACGUUCACGGUACAUCUACAGUUUUCAGGGUGCCCUUAUCCCUAAAAGAAACCUAAAAAUCUCGUACCUUUUGCAUUAUUUACCUAUUAAACUUCACGAUCACGUGACACAUUUAGUCAGCCCGGAUCUUCUUUAACCAUGUCGUCAUUCGACCUUAUGUACAAUCGACAAGUGCAGAAUGCGGCAGCUGCAGCACAACAAGCAGCGGCAGCGGGUGCAGCGGCAGCCGCGGGUGGACUUCCGGGAGGUCUUUCGGGUCCUGGGGGACCUGGUGGAAUGAGCAACAACCACAUGCCCAAGAUCAGUGUGCUGGACCUGUGUGAGAAAAUCAAAGAUGAAUUCAACCAGUUGCAGGCUCAGUAUCACCAGAUUGAGAUGGAAUGCAAAAAACUGGCCCAAGAAAAGACAGAAAUACACAAGGCAUACAUUAUGUUCUACGAAAUGAGUUAUGGCCUGAACUUCGAAGUCCAUAAACAGACUGAGAUUGCCAAGAGACUGAACAACAUAUGCGCCCGAAUCACUCAAAUACUUCCACCCGAGCAUCAACAGAGUGUCGUACAGGCGGUGGAACAGGCCAAGAACAUCACAAUGGCAGACUUACACAACAUGAUCGGGCAAAUGCAACAAAUGCAGCCAGGGUCUGGCUUACCUCCCGGAAUGCACGGAGGAGGUGCAGGCGGGUUCCCUGGCAUGUUGCCGACCAGCUUAGCCGCCGGCGUUGCCGGACUUCCGCCGACUUCAAUUGCGGCAGCGGCCGGACUCCUCGGAUUCCCACCGGGAUCCGCGGGUGCCAAUGCACUGAGCAAUGCGGCUGGUCAGUUGCAGCAGCAACAACAACAUCAGCACAGUCAACUCGGAGGACUGAUGAACUCGGUGACUUCGGCUGCUAGCCGAGAAGAACGCGAUCGACUCAGUUCAAUUUCCCCCGCAGCCGGUCUCAACGGGGAGAAAUCCAGCGGACUAGGCGGAGGUGUCGGAUCAAACCACUCUUCUGCCUCACAUGCUCCCGUCUCAUCCCAGCACCAACAACACUUAGAGAGGACCAGGUACUCCAGCUCUGCGGAUGCAGCCGCGAAGAAGAGAAAGAACCAAAGUUCAUCCGCCUCUCACGACGGCGAAAAUUCAGACAACGAUUCUGAUAAUGAUGACGAUGACAAGGAUUUGGUUGUGGACGUAGACGGAGCUCACAGCCCGAGAGGGGGAUCCAAGAGUCACCCUCAUAGUCCGAACUCCGCCUCUGGCAUCCUCGAAAACGGAUCAGCUUCUGGAUCGCUAGGGGGCGACGUUAAACGAAUCAAAAAGGAACCAGGAGUCGGGGGACUUGGUGGUCCUGCAAGCAGGCCGAGCAGUUUGCCCAAUUAUGAACAGGGUUCUUCGCCCAAGGACAUCAAACCAUUCAAGUGCAGUUCACCCAACUCACUUCCAGGAGCACCAGGGUCUGCAUUGGCGGGGGGAAUGGGAGGGGGCAAAGUUUCCCCCCAUCCCUCAUCUCUGGCUGCAUCAGUGGCCAUUGCAAACAACGCAAACAGAGGGGGUGCAUUUCCCCCCGUCUGCGGCCCGAAUGGAACACAGGGUCACCUCACACCAUCACAGCAUUCCUUAAUGUCUGCGGCUGCCGGUCUAAGAGGCAAUGCACCGGGCGGGUUCCCCUCGGGUGCAGGAGGUAUGCCACCUUUCCCCUUCCCACCCGGCGACGGAGGAGCUGCCGCAGCAGCAGCUUAUGCCAACGGAAUGAACGGACUGCUCCACGGGAACUUAUCACCUGGAGCGGCGGGUAAUGGAGGUAAUCCGGGAGGUUUCAGACCCAACCAGUUAGAUGCACUUCGAAUGGCGCAGCAGUUUGGCCCUCACGCAAUAGCCGCUAUGGGACUAGCACAUCCGGCUCUAGCAGCCGCAGCAGCCCAAGCCGGCAUCCUCGGUGGCCAUAUGUCAGGGCAAGGCGGAGGAGGUGGAAACUCUUCGGGAGGAGGCGGAAGCGGAGGUCCCAGUCCCGCAGCAGCAGCCGCAGCAAUGAACGCCGCCAUGUCCGGAGGCAGAAACAACUACUCUAUGUAUGUGAACGAGUCCGGUCACCAGCAACCUACCCCCUUCCCUCCCGACUAUAACAAAGGUCCGGAUAUUCCAGUGCGGGUUAGCGAGUUCGCCACCCUGGACCACGGAGACGUCGUGUGUGCAGUGACCAUAUCGAAUAACAACAAAUUUGUCUACACUGGCGGAAAAGGCUGUGUGAAGAUAUGGGACAUAGGGAAUCCGAAGCAGUCGCUGCACGAAUUGAACUGUCUGUCAAGGGAACACUACAUCCGAUCCUGCAAACUCCUCCCCCAACCCCACAACCACCUCAUAGUGGGAGGAGAGGACGCCAAAAUAUCUGUGUGGGACCUCAACGCACCUGGAGGUCCGAAACAGAUGGGCGAGCUGGACAGUGGGGCUGCGGCCUGUUAUGCUCUGGCAGUCAGUCCAGACGGGAAGAGACUCUACUCGUGUUGCAGUGACGGAGUCAUUCAGGUGUGGGAUCUGCACAACCAAAUCAUCAUCAAUCGUCUGACUGGACACGAAGACGGGGCAAGCUGUAUAGAUCUGUCUCACUGUGGAAAAUUCCUCUGGACGGGGGGACUAGACAAUACAGUCCGCUGCUGGGACAUCGCCCAGAACCAACAGGUGAAGGAGACUGACUUUGCGGCUCAGAUCUUCUCCCUCGGUUGCAGUCCAACAGACGACUACAUAGCAGUAGGCAUGGAGAACAGUCGAGUGGAGGUGCUACAUGCAAACAAACCUGACAAGUACCAGAUAAACUACCACGACAGCUGCGUACUGUCACUCAAGUUCGCCAACUCAGGCAAGUGGUUCAUCAGCACCGGCAAAGACAAUGCAAUGAAUGCGUGGAGGAGCCCUUACGGGGCUAAUUUGUUACAGCAGAAGGAAAGUGCCAGUGUGUUGUGUUGUGACAUCUCCUCUAACGACAAGUACCUCGUCACAGGCUCAGGCGACAAAAAAGCCACGCUCUACGAGGUUAAAUUCAACCCAGGUUCCUCGUCCGAAAACUCCGCCCCAUCUACCCUCGCAUCUCUAGUGAAUGGCGGGACUUCAUCUGCAGCCAGCACUCCCGUUUCAACACCAACCGCCGCAUCCUCGUAGGAACCCAGUAGUCCUUUGUCCUUUUUUGAACACAACAAGUCAAGGUCACUAGAAAUGUCAUAUGUCAAACGGCGAUGAUUUGUAAACGAGUUUAUUGUUGCUGUAAUGCAGCGAUAACGAGAAACAAAUGAUGCACAAACAAAACAUCUUAAGCCCUCUGCAACGCCUAAAGAUGUUGCAGUUCCUGAUGAUUCUCCCUUGAUCCAGCAAAUGCAAAUCUUCCAAAACUUCAACGAUGACUCACAAAACUUGAAAUUAAAUCAAUGUUGUAAAAAUUGGAAAACUUCGACAAAUUUGUGGAUAAAAGUGUCUCAUGCAGCUGUUUUGAUGUUAUUACUGCUACUUGGAAAUGCAAUUUAAUUAAUAGUUCUAGAACAUUCUGUUUAUCAGUUAAUGCUAUUUUGAAUUUGUCUUAUUACAUUGUUAAUCAGAGAGCUAUGCGCAAUUUUUUGUUCUUUUUCCAAUUCCUAAUUUACAUUUUGUGAGCUGGGCUAUUUUGAUGCUAUAUUUCUAGUUUCAUUUUUACCUAAUCUUAUCUUUCAUAUAUUUAUAUUUAUCUUUUUGUGCCCUAGUUUCUAUUUUGUUUUACGAUAACGUCACAUACCAUACAUAGACAAUAUGAAGGAACAUCAAUACCCGCCCUUAAAUGAAACUGAAAGAUAAAAUUUUUUAGCGCGUAUUUGGAAAUAGGCUUUAUGUUACUUCAGCAAUCAAGUUUUUUCUGUAAAUGUUCUAGCAACCAAUUGUAUUCCAGCUAUGAUGACUCGAACACAAUUGAAUGGAACCGAGUUUGUAGUUGAUAUUCGAACUGUAUUCUACUCCAUAGUAAAUGCCAAAUUGUUGGUACUAUCGUUGACUUAGCUUGCUAUUAUCGGUCAAAAAAUAGUUAUUUUUAGUUUAAUUCAAUUUUUGACAGUAUAGCCUAUGUUAAAAGUACUUAAAAAAAAGGUUUCCGAUAUCAAAAUGAGCAACUAAUUAAUCUUGGUCAGAUUCGAGGAACGAACAAAAUAUAUUUUCAACAGCUUGGCAGCAACUAAAAUUGUGACUCUGUAGUACAUGUAGUGUUUCGGUGUCCUAGGUAGAAUUGCAAUCUUUCUUUUUCUGUCUCUCUUAUCUUCUCAAAAUGUUCAAGUCUCUAAUUUGACUACAAUUUCGCUCAUCUCAAAAGCAGUGCGGCAUGAAUGUUCAGAACAAUUUACUAUUUUUUCAAGCUCAAA